AUCUCCACACAUCACAUCAUGCUCCGCUUAGACGGCAAAGUCGUCCUGAUCACCGGCCUGGGCCAAACCACCGAGGAAGGCUGGGGCAUCGGGGCGGCCAUCGCCGCCAAACUGGCCCAGCAGGGCGCCCUCAUCUACGGCGGAAACCGCUCGCUCGCCUCCGCGCAACGCACCAAGUCCCGCAUCGAGGAGGCCGGCGGCGUGUGCGAUGUCCAGGAGACCAACGUCACCGACUCCGCCUCCGUACAAGCGCUGGUCGACGCCUGCAUGCGCAAGCACGGUCGUAUCGACAUCCUCGUCAACAACGUCGGCAAGUCCGAGCCGGGGGGUCCGGCCACCAUGGCCGAAGACGUCUGGGACGCGCAGGUGGAGCUGAAUCUCAAGAGCAUCUAUCUGACCUGUCACCAUGUCUUGCCGAUCAUGGAGAAGCAAGCGACCGGGGGAUCGGUCGUCAAUGUGUCGAGCAUUGCGGGGCUGCGGUACAUCGGCAAGCCGCAGGUCGCGUACUCGGCCACCAAGGCGGCGAUCAUGCAGUUCACCAAGGCGACGGCGGUCAUCUAUGCGGCCAGGAAGGUGCGGUUGAACACGGUGGUGCCGGGGCUGAUCUAUACCCCGUACACGCAGCAACUGGCGAAGCGGUAUGCGCCCGGCGGGGAUGAGGAGGAGUACAUGCGGAAGCGGGACGCACAGGUGCCCAUGGGUCGCAUGGGCGAUGCCUGGGAUGUAGCCAAUGCGGCGGUCUUCCUUGCCUCGGAUGAGGCCCGGUAUAUCACGGGGCAGGAAUUGGUGGUAGAUGGAGGCAUCACCUCGUCAACGGGGAGAGUGUGAGUGAGAUUCGAUGUAAAAUAGAUGGUUGCGGAUAAUCAUUGCUGGCUUGAAGUUCUCUGAAAUUAUU